GUCCUCUAUGCUUUCAUCCUUUAUACACGUGUUCUGGAAGGGACAGCUCAGCUUCGAGGAACAACAUUCCUCCGACUCCGCCACAGGGUUCCGCAAGCAUCGAGAGCUGCCCCGUGUCCAAUUCAGGACGCGAUAUACCAACUGCCUCUCAACUGCCGCACGCUGCUUUUCAACACGAUCCCCAGCGCACUCGAUGACCUGCCGUUGAAACCGCGCAACUUGAUAAUUGCUUGGAGGAAGACACAUACCCCUUCGUGACGGGCAUCUGCGCCAUCAAACCGCCAAUAUGAAUUUGUUCCGUCUCCUGGCUGAUUUCAGCCAUUUGUUGUCCAUUUUGAUCCUGCUGGAUAAGAUGAUCAGGACAAACAGCUGUUCCGGAAUCUCGUUCAAGUCGCAAGCAUUAUACCUCAUUGUCUACGUGACGCGCUACCUUGAUAUCUUCACAACCUUCACGGACAGCUACUACAACAGCAUCUUCAAGAUCCUCUUCAUCUCCUCCUCGGGCUACACGCUCUACCUGAUGAUGACGACCUACAAGCCCACGCAAUCCGCUCCCCUCGACACCUUCCGCGUGCAAUACCUCCUCCUAGGCGCCUUCGUCCUCGGCGCCCUCUUCCCGCCGGAAUACAGCGUGCGCGAAGUCCUCUGGAGCUUCAGCAUCUGGCUUGAGAGCGUGGCUAUCCUGCCGCAGCUGUUCAUGCUGCAGCGCACGGGCGAAGCGGACACGAUCACCGUGCACUACAUUUUUGCACUGGGUAUCUACCGCGCGCUAUACAUCCCCAACUGGAUCUGGAGGUACUGGUCGACUGGGCAUCUGGAUAAGAUCUCGGUGCUGGCGGGGCUUGUGCAGACUGUGCUGUACAGUGAUUUCUUCUGGAUCUACUAUACCAAGGUCAUGAAGGGGAAGAAGUUCGCAUUGCCGGUAUAAGGGUGGCGUUGGACUGGAUGGAUGGGGGGGCAGAUGAGGUUGUGGAGACUGAGCGUGGAUUUGGGGCCGGAAUGGCGUGGACUGUGUAUUGAGGUGUAUCAGAUGAUGAUGUGGAUUGAAAAACGGGCCCUUUUUGCCGUGUACGACUUAGCAUUGGACUGGCGUUGGAAUGGCACACUGGUUAUUAUAGACGCAGCGAUUGCCGGGUGGUUCUACUGUGUUUGUUGAAUAUAUAUUGCAGCAAAUCACCUAUUACAGAUCCUCUUCUCCGUGCUCUUGUCCGUGAACUCUCACUCCAUGACACUACUAAAUGGACUCACGCA